CUACUGAAAUCACACGAUAUGAGGGAUUUUCCUGCGCGGUUCGAUGAUUUGCCCGAAACGAAACUUGACGCCACUGAUCAUUUCAUGGAUCGUUUCCAUCAUCAUUUAAAAGAGGGGGAAAUCGGGUUCGCCACCUUGCCGGAUCAGGUCCAUCGGAAAUCCGUGAAGAAGGGUUUCGAUUUCACGAUGAUGGUUUGCGGGGAAUCCGGGCUGGGCAAGUCAACGAUGAUCAACAGCUUGUUUCUCAGCGAACUCUAUCACGGCAGGAGACAGCAGUACGUUCAAGAAAAAAUUAACCAGACUGUGCAAAUCGAAACGAAGGGAAUCGAAAUUGAAGAGAAGGGUGUGAAGCUUCGACUGACCGUGGUUGACACACCAGGUUUCGGCGAUGCCCUGAAUUGUGAGACCCAUUGGAAAACCAUAGACGACUUCUUGUGCAGCAAGUUCAUGGAGUAUUAUUCGGCUGAAAGCGGGCUAAACCGCAAAUGCAUUCAGGACAACAGAGUGCAUUGCUGUUUAUACUUCAUUCCUCCAUACGGACACGGGCUUCGGGAAAUGGACAUCAACUUGAUGAAACACCUUCAAGAUCGCGUCAACGUCAUCCCAAUCAUUUCCAAAGCCGACACGUUGACGAGAAACGAAGUGAACAAGUUGAAGGCGAGGAUUCGCAGUGACAUUCAAACCCAUGACAUCAAGGUUUAUCAACUGCCGGAACUGGACAGCGACGAGGACGAGACAGUGCGGACGGAGGACGCGGAGAUAAAGGCCGCGUGGCCUUUUGCGGUGGUGGCGAGCACCCAGAUACUCGAGGUUCGCGGACAGAAGAUCCAUGGAAGGCUUUAUCCUUGGGGCGUCGUUGAUGUCGAAGACCCUGAGCACAGCGACUUCCUCAAGAUCCGGAAGAUGCUGAUUGCGACGCACAUGCAGGACCUGAAGGAAGUCACCCACGAUAUUCUCUACGAGCAGUUCAGGGCUCAACUUCUGAGCUCCUUCUCCAAUGGUUCAGGAUUUGGCAACAAACCAAAGCUUCCGGUGUUGAUCCCGAAUGCUCUCAAGUUGCAAAGCCCAUCGCUGGAUUCAGGUCGAGUAACGCCGGACGUUGCUCUGUGUCAGAAGGACGAGGAGAUUCGGAAGAUGCAAGAGAUGCUGGCUAAAAUGCAGGAACAACUGAGGAUGGCCGGAAAAGAUCCAAGCCUGACAGCUGCAUCGUCACCGUCUGGGUCAAGGUUCUCCCGAUCUUCGGUAGACUGCGACAGCGUAAUUAAUGUUUAAAACUUUAAAUCGUUUUUUUUUGUACGAGGAUCCGAAUUAUUUAUUUACCUUACAUCAAAGUACGCAAGGAACAAAAGAAACGGAUCACGAAACUAUAGUCCUACAGAAUUCUGUACCAUCAUAGAGCUUCAUCGGUGCAUGAUUGUGAUAAAUCGUGAAAAUAUGAAGGAUUUCUCGAACGUAUUGCGAAUCACUUGAGCAUCAAAUUAUUGCAAUACAUGUUCGAAUUACGGCUACAUGUUAUUUUUUAAAACUUAUCGUUGAUUUAUUUUUCAAGUUCCAUCCCAAAAAGAAACAUAUAAAAAAUGAAUUGUGGCAAGGUCAUAAGAAAAACGUGAGGUAAAAUUGAUCGAAGAAUGGCAUCUCGAACGAUUAAAUUCCUGUAGUUUUUUUAUGUUUAACGUACUGCUGGUUGACCACCUUAGCCCAAUAGCAGGACUCCCAUUAUAUGAAUGAUUGUCAAUUGUUUGAAUUGGGAUACAUUUUUAGCGAUAAAAAAAUGGGUAGGUCACCAUAAUGAGAUUUUGUACACGUGAACCGGCAUUUUUAAGGUGACUUGCGGUACUUUUGAGAAAUCCUUCGUUCAAAAGUAUAUGUUUUCCUUGAGUGCGUUCCAGUGUUGUAAAAGUGUAUAAGUACCAAAGCCGGAAAGUUUUGCGGUGCUCCACUAUAUAUUCAUUCAUUCUCGCUGCUCUGCAUUUCCUUGUGCCAUAUCUUUAAUAUAUUUGAGAUGAUGUUAAUUAGAUACGUCUGUAAAUAGGACAGUAUAUUUUUUUAGUGUCAGUGGACAUAGAUACGUUGUGUAACUUUUCCUUUGGUUUAUUAUCUGAUGGGAAUGUGUCGUUCCGAUUUCAUCUUCCGUCUCUAUAUCAAGCGCAGUUUGUGGGCGGAGUGUGACUGACAGUUGGCAGCGCUCACUCAUCAGCAUGAGGUUGAUAUUGAUGGUACCUGGUAGUGCAGCUUGGGUGGAGGAGAUUGAGUUCCAAGCUUCGCUAUGGACGUUUUGGUGUUGCUUGUGCUGCUGCAGCUGCAUGCUUUUCUUUUUCUUGCGGAAAAAUGUGGAUGUGUUCUUUUAUGUAAUGCAUAUAUACGCUGUUCUGUGCGCUGGUGGUAUCGCACGAUCCCCGUGAACCUUGACAAGAGCAAUCAAUUCCCAUUGUAUGCGCUCGUCGUUAUCAAUCUUCAACUAUUUACCUAUUAGAUUUCCUAAUGAGUCAGAAGGAAAAUAUUCCAGAUCGUGUGAACCACUUUUUUAUGCUUAGUGAAAUCUAUCGUGGCAUUCCUUGUUUGUCUGUCUAUAUCGGUUAGAAUUGCGCUGAACGAAAUAAUAUGAGGACUGAACAACGCCAGAGCAACCAGAUUUUCAAAUUCCUCCAUCAGACUCAUGGUGUUCCUUGAUCCAGCGGAAUAAUUUAUACUAUACAGUACGAGCUUCUGCUAUGUUUUUACUUCAGCUGUUACAUACGACGGAUAACUUAGGAUAACACGACGUCCACGUAAAGCGGAUCCUUAUCUUUUCAGGAGUCUAUCGAAAUUCCGAGCGACUAGCGUUUGCUGCGUUUCACGCAUUCCUUGACCCUGAACAGAAAGUAGAAGUGAUGACCGUCAAAUUCCUCAGUUGUUGAUACAUCAUUAGCAUUUAGAAGUAAUACAAUUUCCGAGUAAGGAUGUAAGUCCGUUCAUUUUCUUGAAAAUCUGGUUAUCCCUUGUGAUCGCUGUAAAGUGGCAAAUAAAGUUUUCUGUUCAUUCAUUCAUUGAAAAUCUGGAGUACCAAAUAAGUACAGCAGUAUGCCGUUUCUCGGAGGAACGUAACUAAAUCUUACUUUUGUUUUCCACAGAAUAUUAUGUGUUGGUCCUGAUGCGCGCGGUCAGAAAAAUGGUAACAAUUAUUCAAUCUGUGAGUCUCAUAAAAAUCUCCGACGAAUCUUUCUCUUUGCUUUUCCUAAUCGCUUGAGUUGCGAGUAUAUAGCUGAUUAAUUCGAAUUCCGCUUUUGUCAAGUCAUCCUUCAAUAGGGUCGUUCAUCUCAUCAGGAAUUCAUUCUGUGAUGGAAGCCUACCAUAGCAGUAUUUCUUUCUUAUUGCAGUAAUUUUCGCAAUACAGUAGUGUUCAAAGAUCGUUGAUCUGUGUAUAGUUCAUAUGUAAGACCCUAACCAUCCCAAUAACGGAAACGACCACGAACAUCAACUUGAGUUGCUUAUUUCCAAGUGGUCCUCUUCUCAAAUGUUUGUCGGUUAAGGUUUUCGUUUUUUUUUUACAAAGAAUACGAAGGGUAAUUUUUCUGCUUGAUCUCGGGAGAAUAGAUAGUUCCACAAAUUUAUAAACUUUCCGCAGGAGCAUGAAGUAGACUCACUCGCGCGCGCCUAUGAUAGUUCCGUAUAAUCAAAUCCCCAAGCAUGACGACUGACCGACCCAUGAUUCACGCUGAUGUGACUAAAAGUAGCAUCAUACGAUCGAUGAGUCAUUGUUCGGAAUAGAGCUUCUAAGCAGGAAGAAUUAUGGAUGUGACGAGAUAAAUGAAGCAUCGAAAGAUUCGUUGAACGA